AUGGUCCAGCGCUUGACUUACCGUCGUAGGUUGUCUUACAACACUGCCUCCAACAAAACUAGGCUGUGAGUAGCAUGAUCUUUAUCUAGCUAAUUGCGUUGCAAUUCCCUUGGCUUCCCUGCCAUUUCUUUAGCUUCUUUGUCAUUGUUAGUUAUUACAUUGCCUGGCAUCUCUCAUGACCUAAACUAAUUGGUUGUUGCUAGUAAGUUGUACUGGAUUGCACAUGGUUGUACCUAGCUAUUGAUUUUAAAUAGGAAGUACGAAAAACUGAUCCUGGGAUGUUUUCAUCCCUUUCUAAAUAUUGUGGACAACUUUGUAUAUGACCCUGCUUGCAGGUCCCGGACUCCUGGUAACCGCAUUGUGUACCUGUACACCAAGAAGGUGGGCAAGGCCCCCAAGUCGGCAUGCGGAAUCUGCCCUGGUAGACUGCGCGGGGUAAGUAAUGUCCCAUCUACAGUCAGUCCUAUCUAAGUCAUUUGCUCUUUGGAAGAGCGGGGAUAGAGUACCGUCUGAAACAGUAGUACGCCUCAGCUCUGACGAUAGUUCCGCAGCCUGUGCUGCUUUUUCGGCGUGGCGUGGCUGAAGCACGCCUGUUUCAUGCAGCUCGCCAGAGAAGUCCUUCCACUGUCGGGAGAAGUAGUAAUGCAUGUUAAUAUAUGUUAAUUGCAUGCAAAGAAAGGUUGCUUCUCGACCAUACCCACAACGGAAGCACAGUAUUGGCCUUGGAUUCACAGGUGGAGGACUUCUGUGAGAGGUCGCUGUUAUGCCUGAAUUCGACCCAAAACCAACGAGGAAGUCUGCGGUUGUAUGUAAACAAUCGGUACAUCAAACAAGUGGCGCAGUGCUAGCUGUGCCACUAGAGAUCCUGGUUCGAAUCCAGGCUCUGUCGUAGCCGGCCGCGACCGGGAGACCCAUGGUGCUGCGCACAAUUGGCCCAGCGUCGUCCAGGGUAGGGGAGGGAAUGGCCGGCAGGGAUGUCGCUCAGUUGGUAGAGCAUGGCGUUUGCAACGCCAGGGUUGUGGGUUCGAUUCCCACGGGGGGCUAGUAUGAAAAAAUUAAAAUAAUGUAUGCACUCACUAACUGUAAGUCGCUCUGGAUAAGAGCGUCUGCUAAAUGACGUAAAUGUUAACUGUGCCAGCCCAAUCUUAAUUUCUAUGCAGUUCGACUCGCCAUGAAUUCAGCGUCUGAACUGUGCGUAAGGGUACCUCAACAAAAACGCAUGUGUGGUUGGGUGGAGAGAAAUUAUUUGAUAAUACAUUGUAACUUUUCAGACUGAGCACAACACAAUAUUAGCCACCCCCUCCCCCCAACACACUGCUUCCACUGAAAACCAUUGAGUUGUAGUCUUUUUUUACACAUCAGUUUGUAUGGUUUGAAUGCGUCCUAAGGAUGGUUGAAAGCACUACGUCGAAUGCCGAAAUGGCACUUGAUCCAAACACAUCUUGAGUUCAAUUUCAUUACAUUUGAAAAUGUUAGGUUUUUGCAUGCAUUAAUGAAUCAAUAAAUACAAUACAUGCAAUCAAUUUGACCUUUUCUUUUUACUAAUAUGCGUACCAUGAUGGUAUGGUAAUUAGUUAUUUGAAUGUUCAUUCUCUAGUCUAUUGAUGAACUGGGAAAAUCAAGAUGUAGCCGAGGUCUAUUUACAAUACAGGUGAAUGCAUAUUCAAUAGGAGUGUGUGCAUUGACUUGAGCUUGUUUUGGCUGAUUUCAUGGGGCUAUAGAUGAGAAUCUUUCCCUUCCAUUUGAUUUUUUUAUUGUACUUAUCAACAUUUGCAUAGAAGCAAUCUCUUUUAUAAGUGUGCACUGUCUCUAAGACAUGUCUUCAUUCACACACACUCAGUUUGAGUCUCAAGCAAAGAUCUUGACUGGGAGAGACGUGACGGGCGAUUUAAGUGAAAUAAUAGCUUUGAAAUGGUUUAUCGCAAAGAAGGUACUAGGAUAGUGAAUCGAUGUUAGCUUCAGCUGUUUGCUAGCAAGGAAAGUUGGUCUACAAAGCUGGAAGCUACUGUUAUCAUCUUGCAUUGUACAGUGUUCUAACCUGUAAUGGACGUUGUUUCAACAUUUGUUCAGGCCAUGUUGCGUUAUUAAAGUGUGUUAAUUUCUGUGCAACAUAAGUGGUGAUUCAGCCCAGAUUCCCAGUGGUUCCUCAGGACAGGCUAGCAAUGAGUAAGUGGAGCAGGUACGGUGCUAUUGCGCUAAGGGGGCAUCGACUGCGCUGAUAGACUUGAUCUGCUCUCAAUCAGUAGACUACAUGAGACACAUUUGAGAAAAGUACUGAAAGUAACGUUCUAGUACCAAACAGUUUUUCAGGUUCAAGUACCAAAGUUUCGGUAUACUGUGCAACACUAGUUUCUCCAGAAUAUAACCCUGGGUUCAGGUGUGUGUGUUACAUCUGUGCUCACAAGUAUUUAUUUGUCUUAAAGAUCCGGGCGGUGAGACCCCAGGUCCUGAUGAGGCUCUCAAAAACCAAGAAGCACGUCAGCAGAGCCUACGGUGGAGCCAUGUGUGCCAAGUGUGUGCGUGACCGGUAAGCGAGCGUAUCCCCCAACACCGCCUUUGUAGAAAAUAUGUCCACGUGUUGAAUAUGUCGGAUGAAAUGUGCGGUUUAAUGAAGAUUGAUUCAACGCACAUCUAGCAAAAUGUGAAGGUGAAAGACUGCAACUGCAGUCUUUACUGACUGCCCUAUAAACUUAUCGACAUCCACAUUUGUGGGGGGGGGGGUACCAUACUGUCAUGGAAAUGUGUCUUCAAUUAAAUGACUUUAUUCAAUGGCAUUGCAUUGGUGUUUUGGCCAGAAUAAAGGAGUACUUUUUUUGUUCGCAUUUUUCUUGUGCUCUCCAGAAACCCUAGACACAAGUGUAGAUCUAAAACGGUUGGAUACAUGUAGGCAGUAUGGCCAUCUCCACCCAGCCUAUCGGUGAUAGUUGAUGGAACUACUUCCAUACCUAUUCAGAGCUACAUGACGUGGCUAAGGAUUGUUUCUGUAUGGGUCUCCACGGUAAUGAAAAUGUUUCAUAUUGGAGUAAUGAACUCUGGGCUUGUGGUUAGUGUACACCCUGAGAUUGGAGGGUUCAAUUCCCAGUUGAGUUGUAUCAAAGACUUUAAAAAAUGGGACUCUGCUUGACUCGGUGUUGAGGGCCUGUCCAGGUGCUGUUUUAAUUCACCAAGCUGCCUCACGCUACAGAUUCAGGAGAUGGGCUCCUGCCCCAUGGGCCAUUCUGGCUCGGUUUACUUGCAUAUUGGACUAUGCCAGUAAGAUGUUAUUACAUUCAAGGCACCAGCCGUAGUUUCAUUUCCAUCCUUAACCCCCUUUUGUCAAUUGACGCACCGGAGCGUCAAUCUAAGUUACCUAACAAAACAAAAAGUGUGAAGGUAGUUUUGUGCCUACCCCAAAAAAGGGGUUAAAUAUGUGUAAAAAUAUUAUAUAUCCUGAGCUUUCUUAUGUCUCCUAGAUAUAGGACAGACCCUUCUAAACCUUGUUUCUUAUUAUUUAUUUUUUGACUGUCAUUGCCAUUUAUGAAUGUUAUAUGAUGUGUUUCUCUGGGUUAUAGUAGUAAAGGCCAAAUUUAAUAUUUUAUACUUUCUAUAAAGAAAUGUAUACCUAAAGGGGUCCUAAAAUGAAAUGGAUAAAUGAUCCACAGUAUGACCGUCUUCAAACAAUCCCCCCCAGUCAAUGGUUUUGUUACAUUUACCAAAUUUAGUCAAAUAGUUGUGAGAGUCUUCCUGGGGUGAGCUUUUAAAAGCAGUGGAACUUUCUGUGUGCAAAUAAUGUAGGGUGGUGUUUCUACAAUCUACUUUGAAGGCAUUGAUCUUUGCAACAUGCUUUCAUUAGAUUUUGCUUUACGCUUAUUGAUGUUUGUAUCAUGCAAACAAUGCCUGAACAACUCAAGAUACCUGAUCCACUAACGUUAACCCUUCUAUCUACCACAGGAUCAAACGCGCAUUCCUGAUUGAGGAACAGAAGAUCGUUGUCAAGGUCCUUAAGGCACAGGCACAGAGUCAGAAAUCUAAGUAA